AUGGCAUCAAAUUUAUUAGUUCCUCAGGACAUUCGUUUACCAUCAAUACUUGGUUAUAUACUUAGUGGAAAAGAACUUGAGGUUAUUUUAAAAAAAAACCAGGAAGAAUCGGCAAAGGUAUAUAAAAGAAAUAAAAAUUUAGAAAAUGAUAUUAAAAAUCAUAGAGUUAAAGAGGAAGAAUAUUUGAAAAUUAUUGAACAAUUGGAAAAACAUAAUAAUGAACUUUCAAAGAAAUUAAAUUGUUACAUUGGCAAAACUACAAUUCCAGAAAAUGGUAUUAAGGAGUAUGAUAUAAUUAUUGAUAUUCCAGCAGUUGAUUAUUUUUCACAAAAAGAAACAGCAUGGUUAAUUUUUCUUUCUCAAAAAUUAAAAGAAAAAAUGAAUGGACCAAAUGGUUUUAACCCUUUAGAACCAUUUAAUUCAUUAUUUGCAGAAUUUAAAAAAUACUCAACUCUUGCAUGUUUAGGUUGUUUUAAUAUUGGUAAAACAUUCUUUAUCAAUAAAUACAAUAAUUCAUAUUUACCAAGUGGAACUCAAUCACAAACCAUUGGAUUAUCACUUUCAAUUUGCCACAAUAAUGAAACAAUUACAAUUGAUACAGCCGGUUCAAAUACUUCAUUAAAAGUUGGUGAAAAUAGAUCAGAGGAACAAUUGGCAAGAAAAGAAUCCACUGAAAUGUUUAUUCGUGAUAUGUCAUUUUCAUUAGCAAAUACCAUUGUUUAUGUUUUAAAUGAACUCACAUGGACUGAUCAAAGAUUUAUCUUGGCACUUCAAUCAAAAAUUCAAUCAUUAAGAACAGAACAAAAAAUAAACAAAACAUUAAUAAUUGUUCAUAACUAUCCAAAAAUCAAUUCAAUGGAGGAGCUAUUGGUUGAAAUUAAAACAUAUAUGGAUCACCCAUUUAAUGGAACUUUUCACCAUCAAAUUGAUUUUAAAACAAUCAAAAGUAAAGAUGAAGUUGUAUUAUUUUUUACAGAAUCUGUAAACAAUAGUUAUCAUUUCUUUUUAUGUAAUGAUAAUUCAGAAUUUGGUAAAAAAUACAAUGAUUUAACAAUUGAAAAAAUCAGAUCAACAAAUAAAGAAUAUAAUGACAAAUUGGAUUUUGAUAAAGUUUUAUUAAGUGGACUUCAAAAUAAUAUGGUUUCAUAUUGUAAAUCACCAUCAAAACUAAAGAUUAGCGAAUUUACAAAAGAUGAUAAAAUCAUUGAAAAUUGCAAUAAAGAAAAUGGUAAAAUCUUAUUUGACAAAGAAUCUGGUGAAUUUUCAGUGCACUUAAAAGAACUUACAGAAAUUUAUGAAAAAGUUACUCCACAUAAAACUACAAUUUCUCAAAUACCAGUUUUCAAAAUAUAUCCAGAAAAUGAUAGUAAUAGGGAAAAUGAAUUUAAAUUAAUAGAUAACAAAGUUGAAUUUAUUGGUUUACAAAUGGUAUUUUGGAAUGGAUUCAGACCAAACUAUGAUAUUGUAAAAGUUGGUAGUGAUUUACGUUACCUUAUUGAAGUUCCUCAAAUGGUAUUGGAUGAAAUUUUCCAUGAAACAAAGUAUGAAAAUACAAAAUGGAAUCUAAUUGUCAAAGGUGUUAAAAAGUUACAAUUUGACAUGAAAAAUUCAGAAAGUGGCUACCCAAGUGAAGAAACAUCAUUAUACCUUUCAAAUAAUCAAAGACGUGAUGGUUCAUUUGAACUCAUACUCAACAUUCCAAACAAUUAUCAUCCAAAGAACCCAGAAGUAGUAUUAGAAAAAGGUGUAUUAUGUUUCACAUUUAAAUUAAUUGAGUAA